AGGUACGUGCGGGCAGGCGGUAGCGGCGGCCGCGUCUGGGGGUAGGGACCGUCCGCCAGCGCUUUCGCAGGCUCGGGCGGUGCGGGGCAGCUCCCGACUGUCUCAGCCCGGAGGGUCCGGGCUCUUUUCAGGGCGCGGUUCCCGCACUUCCCGCCCGGGGUUCUCCCUCUCCCACAGACACAGGCUCCCCUGUGACUGCUCUCUUUGCGUGGUGACUCACGGAUCUACUUCUCUGGUGUCCUUCCAGAUCGGUUGCUCCUGCAGUGUGAUAUAUUGUAAUUUCUUGCCUGAAGAAAUCAGGGCCAAUUAGGAAAUGGCCAAAGUCGAAAGGUUUGCUUUUCAUGUUCCAAGUUUGGAAGAGCUUGCUGGGGUUUUGCAGAAAGGGCUUAAAGAAAACUUUGCUGAUGCUCAAGUCUCUGUUGUAGACUGUCCUGAUCUGACUCAGGAACCCUUCAACUUUCCUGCCAAAGGAAUCUGUGGAAAGCCUAGAAUAGCAGAUGUGGGAGGUGUUCCUUACCUCAUACCUGUUGUACGGAAAGAAAAAGUUUAUGAUCUAAACACAGUUGCAAAAGACAUAGAGCUUCCUGGAGCUUUCUUUCUUGGAGCUGGAGCGGCUUCAUCAAAGGUUCUUGGAGUAAAUGCUGAGCUUAUUCCUAUUGUUCAAACUAAGAGUGAAAAAAAGCCUGCUGUAAAUGGGAGCUACAUUGCUCAGAUAAAUCCUGCAGAUAAAGGGUGCCUGCUUGAGAAGUACAGCAGUAAAUACACAGACUGUGAGUUUGGGCUGUUGGCCAAUCUUUACGCCAGCGAGGGCCAACCCGGUAAGGUCAUUGAAGUGAAAGCCAAUGGAAGAACUGGGGAACUUAACUUUGUGUCUUGUCUGAGACAAAUUUUAGAGAAACACUAUGGAGAAAAGCCAGUUGGCAUGGGUGGUACAUUUAUCAUUCAGAAGGGGAAAGCAAAGAUUCACAUUAUGCCUCCAGAAUUUUCCACCUGUCCUCUGAACACUGACGAGGAUGUGAAUAACUGGCUCAAAUUCUUUGAAAUGAAGGCUCCACUGAUUUGUCAGCCAGUAAUAGUUUCCAGAGAUCCAGGCUUUGACCUGCGCCUGGAGCACACCCACUGUUUCAGCCAGCACGGGGAGGGAGGACACUACCACCAGGACACCAGCCCCGAGAGCGUGGGGUACCUGGGGUACCUGCUGCCCGCAGAGCUGCUCUUCCGCAUUGACCGGCCCCCCGAGACACACCGUGUCGGCAGGGACUGAGCCGCCACAGCAACUUGAUCUUUCUGAAAUACAAAUGCUGAUUUUUGUAACGCUUUUAAUGAUGCACAUUUAUCAGUUGAGAAUAAAUAUGAGAGCGGUAAACUGCCAACUUCUUAAUUUUGUACUUAAAAUUGUUGUGACUGAAUUAAAAUGGUAAUUUCAUUGCAA